AUGGAUCUGGAUCUGACAGAAGCAGACAGAGCAGUGACAGCCGCUCAGCGGGACCCAGGCUGUUUGGGCUUCGGCCUGCCCCGAGAGGCCCCCCAAGACCUAGUGCACAGGCGGCGGGAGAGCAGAGACGGAGCGCUCCUUGAUGUGAGAGAAGCUUCAGCGGACGACAUCAAGAAAGCUUACAGAAAGUUGGCGCUGAAAUGGCACCCGGACAAAAACCCCGACAACAAAGUGGAAGCAGAGAAGAAGUUCAAGGAGCUGUCGGAGGCGUACGAGGUUCUGUCUGACGCCCACAAGCGCUCUCUGUACGACCGCUACGGGAAAGAAGGUCUGACGGGCAACAGAGGCAGAGGAGACCAUUUCCAUAACGGAGAUCACUUCCAGGAGCCGUUCAGCUUCCGGAACCCAGAGGACGUCUUCAGGGAGUUCUUCGGCGGCGCAGACCCGUUCGCAGACUUCUUUGGCCCGAGCGUGUUCGACGACCCGUUCUUCGGCGCCACUCGCUCCCACAGCCGCAGCUCUCGGCCCAGGACUGGAGGCUCCUUCUUCGGGGGCUUCAUGGGCUUCCCUCCCUUCGGUGGAGGCUUCUCCCCGUUCGACCCAGGUCUCACGCUCACUUUGUCUCUCUGUGGAAACGUGUCCAGAGUGUCCUCCUCGGUCUCAGCGCUCUCUCCUCAGUCCUCCUCGGUCUCAGCGCUCUCUCCUCAGUCCUCCUCGGUCUCAGCGCUCUCUCCUCAGUCCUCCUCGGUCUCAGCGCUCUCUCCUCAGUCCUCCUCUGUCUCAGCGCUCUCUCCUCAGUCCUCCUCGGUCUCAGCGCUCUCUCCUCAGUCCUCCUCGGUCUCAGCGCGCUCUCCUCAGUCCUCCUCGGUCUCAGCGCGCUCUCCUCAGCCCUCCUCGGUCUCAGCGCUCUCUCCUCAGUCCUCCUCGGUCUCAGCGCUCUCUCCUCAGUCCUCCUCGGUCUCAGCGCUCUCUCCUCAGUCCUCCUCGGUCUCAACGCUCUCUCCUCAGUCCUCCUCGGUCUCAACGCUCUCUCCUCAGUCCUCCUCGGUCUCAACGCUCUCUCCUCAGUCCUCCUCGGUCUCAACGCUCUCUCCUCAGUCCUCCUCGGUCUCAACGCUCUCUCCUCAGUCCUCCUCGGUCUCGACGCUCUCUCCUCAGUCCUCCUCGGUCUCGGCGCUCUCUCCUCAGUCCUCCUCGGUCUCGGCGCUCUCUCCUCAGUCCUCCUCGGUCUCGGCGCUCUCUCCUCAGUCCUCCUCGGUCUCGGCGCUCUCUCCUCAGUCCUCCUCGGUCUCGGCGCUCUCUCCUCAGUCCUCCUCGGUCUCGGCGCUCUCGCCUCAGUCCUCCUCGGUCUCGGCGCUCUCUCCUCAGUCCUCCUCGGUCUCGGCGCUCUCUCCUCAGUCCUCCUCGGUCUCGGCGCUCUCUCCUCAGUCCUCCUCGGUCUCGGCGCUCUCUCCUCAGUCCUCCUCGGUCUCGGCGCUCUCUCCUCAGUCCUCCUCGGUCUCGGCGCUCUCUCCUCAGUCCUCCUCGGUCUCGGCGCUCUCUCCUCAGUCCUCCUCGGUCUCGGCGCUCUCUCCUCAGUCCUCCUCGGUCUCGGCGCUCUCUCCUCAGUCCUCCUCGGUCUCGGCGCUCUCUCCUCAGUCCUCCUCGGUCUCGGCGCUCUCUCCUCAGUCCUCCUCGGUCUCGGCGCUCUCUCCUCAGUCCUCCUCGGUCUCGGCGCUCUCUCUCGUCUCGGCGCUCUCUCCUCAGUCCUCCUCGGUCUCGGCGCUCUCUCCUCAGUCCUCCUCGGUCUCAGCGCUCUCUCCUCAGUCCUCCUCGGUCUCAGCGCUCUCUCCUCAGUCCUCCUCGGUCUCAGCGCUCUCUCCUCAGUCCUCCUCGGUCUCAGCGCUCUCUCCUCAGUCCUCCUCGGUCUCAGCGCUCUCUCCUCAGUCCUCCUCGGUCUCAGCGCUCUCUCCUCAGUCCUCCUCGGUCUCAGCGCUCUCUCCUCAGUCCUCCUCGGUCUCAGCGCUCUCUCCUCAGUCCUCCUCGGUCUCAGCGCUCUCUCCUCAGUCCUCCUCGGUCUCGGCGCUCUCUCCUCAGUCCUCCUCGGUCUCGGCGCUCUCUCCUCAGUCCUCCUCGGUCUCGGCGCUCUCUCCUCAGUCCUCCUCGGUCUCGGCGCUCUCUCCUCAGUCCUCCUCGGUCUCGGCGCUCUCUCCUCAGUCCUCAGUCCUCCUCGGUCUCGGCGCUCUCUCCUCAGUCCUCCUCAGUCUCGGCGCUCUCUCCUCAGUCCUCCUCAGUCUCGGCGCUCUCUCCUCAGUCCUCCUCGGCCUCAACGCUCUCUCCUCAGUCCUCCUCGGUCUCAGCGCUCUCUCCUCAGUCCUCCUCGGUCUCAACGCUCUCUCCUCAGUCCUCCUCGGUCUCAGCGCUCUCUCCUCAGUCCUCCUCGGUCUCAGCGCUCUCUCCUCAGUCCUCUUCGGUCUCAGCGCUCUCUCCUCAGUCCUCUUCGGUCUCAGCGCUCUCUCCUCAGUCCUCCUCGGUCUCAGCGCUCUCUCCUCAGUUCUCCUCGGUCUCACCGCGCUCUCCUCAGUCCUCCUCGGUCUCAGCGCUCUCUCCUCAGUCCUCCUCGGUCUCAGCGCGCUCUCCUCAGUCCUCCUCGCGCUCUCUCCUCAGUCCUCCUCGGUCUCAGCGCUCUCUCCUCAGUCCUCCUCGGUCUCAGCGCUCUCUCCUCAGUCCUCCUCGGUCUCAGCGCUCUCUCCUCAGUCCUCCUCGGUCUCAGCGCUCUCUCCUCAGUCCUCCUCGGUCUCAGCGCUCUCUCCUCAGUCCUCCUCGGUCUCGGCGCUCUCUCCUCAGUCCUCCUCGGUCUCGGCGCUCUCUCCUCAGUCCUCCUCGGUCUCGGCGCUCUCUCCUCAGUCCUCCUCGGUCUCGGCGCUCUCUCCUCAGUCCUCCUCGGUCUCGGCGCUCUCUCCUCAGUCCUCCUCGGUCUCGGCGCUCUCUCCUCAGUCCUCCUCGGUCUCGGCGCUCUCUCCUCAGUCCUCCUCGGUCUCGGCGCUCUCUCCUCAGUCCUCCUCGGUCUCGGCGCUCUCUCCUCAGUCCUCCUCGGUCUCGGCGCUCUCUCCUCAGUCCUCCUCGGUCUCGGCGCUCUCUCCUCAGUCCUCCUCGGUCUCGGCGCUCUCUCCUCAGUCCUCCUCGGUCUCGGCGCUCUCUCCUCAGUCCUCCUCGGUCUCGGCGCUCUCUCCUCAGUCCUCCUCGGUCUCGGCGCUCUCUCCUCAGUCCUCCUCGGUCUCGGCGCUCUCUCCUCAGUCCUCCUCGGUCUCGGCGCUCUCUCCUCAGUCCUCCUCGGUCUCGGCGCUCUCUCCUCAGUCCUCCUCGGUCUCGGCGCUCUCUCCUCAGUCCUCCUCGGUCUCGGCGCUCUCUCCUCAGUCCUCUCGUCCUCGUCUCUCGGUCUCGGCGCUCUCUCCUCAGUCCUCCUCGGUCUCGGCGCUCUCUCCUCAGUCCUCCUCGGUCUCGGCGCUCUCUCCUCAGUCCUCCUCGGUCUCGGCGCUCUCUCCUCAGUCCUCCUCGGUCUCGGCGCUCUCUCCUCAGUCCUCCUCGGUCUCGGCGCUCUCUCCUCAGUCCUCCUCGGUCUCGGCGCUCUCUCCUCAGUCCUCCUCGGUCUCGGCGCUCUCUCCUCAGUCCUCCUCGGUCUCGGCGCUCUCUCCUCAGUCCUCCUCGGUCUCGGCGCUCUCUCCUCAGUCCUCCUCGGUCUCGGCGCUCUCUCCUCAGUCCUCCUCGGUCUCGGCGCUCUCUCCUCAGUCCUCCUCGGUCUCGGCGCUCUCUCCUCAGUCCUCCUCGGUCUCGGCGCUCUCUCCUCAGUCCUCCUCGGUCUCGGCGCGCUCUCCUCAGUACUCCUCGGUCUCGGCGCUCUCUCCUCAGUCCUCCUCGGUCUCGGCGCGCUCUCCUCAGUCCUCCUCGGUCUCGGCGCUCUCUCCUCAGUCCUCCUCGGUCUCGGCGCUCUCUCCUCAGUCCUCCUCGGUCUCAGCGCUCUCUCCUCAGUCCUCCUCGGUCUCAGCGCUCUCUCCUCAGUCCUCCUCGGUCUCAGCGCUCUCUCCUCAGUCCUCCUCGGUCUCAGCGCUCUCUCCUCAGUCCUCCUCGGUCUCAGCGCGCUCUCCUCAGUCCUCCUCGGUCUCAGCGCUCUCUCCUCAGUCCUCCUCGGUCUCAGCGCUCUCUCCUCAGUCCUCCUCGGUCUCAGCGCUCUCUCCUCAGUCCUCCUCGGUCUCAGCGCGCUCUCCUCAGUCCUCCUCGGUCUCUGCUCUCUCUCCUCGGUCCUCCUGGGUCCUUGUUUGCGUCUCUAACCCUGUGCUUUCGUCCUCAGGUUUCGGAGCAUUCGGUUCGAUGGGACAUAUGGGUCACAUGGGUCACAUGGGACAUAUGGGACACCUGCAGAGCCUGAACGGCCUGGGUGGAGGGUUGGGGAUGGGAGGGGGCAUGGGGGGGAUGGGGGGUCUGGGAGGCGCUGGCUUCACCUCCUUCUCCUCUACUUCGUUCGGAGGCAGCGCCGCCGGGAUGGGAAACUUCCGCUCCGUCUCUUCAUCUACCAAGAUUGUGAACGGGAGGAAGAUCACCACUAAGAGAAUUGUGGAGAACGGUCAGGAGCGUGUGGAGGUGGAGGAGGACGGUCAGCUGAGGUCAAUGACCAUCAAUGGGAGAGAGCAACUCCUCAGACUGCAGCACAAAUGA